GAUCUCUGGCUUACGUCCGUUUCUUCGGUCAGUUCGAGUUUUUUCAAACCGUGUGAUUGAGUAAUCGGGGAUUAUCAUAUUAAAAUUUAUUUCUUAUUUUGUUGUGCAUACCGCGAUACCAUAAGGUUUCAAUGCGCUGUGUUUCACUUCGGAACGUAAAUGUGAGACAAUGCUUUGAGCGCACAUUGUAAAAGAAUAUCGCUGAGACACGAUCAUUCUAUUAGAGUUCUUUAUGUGGAAGAACGAUUUACAUCAUGUUACAUUGAAAGUCCUCAUUGGAAGUAAUGUUCAACGUUGCAAAUUAGCAUCGAUUAGCAUAGGCUGAUAGUUACAGUCUCUCGUAUAGUUCUUAGAUAACUCUUUCGUCCCUCCCUUCUACCGCUCGUGAGAAGUCAUCGCGAUAACAUUAGUCGCGAGUCGCGAAGCGACCGCUCUUUUGUAGCGGUUGCGAGGACAGUCUAUGCUAUUGGAUUUCCACGCACGGCAAGCGUCGGUGGCGCGCCUCGAGAUUGCAGCUGACCGUCCUCUGUGCACAUUCCCUCGUGAUCGUGAAAAGAGGAACGAAGAUCGUCGAAAUGGCCGAGGAUUUACGGGAAGGACUGCUGUUGGGCAUAGGGAAUCCUCUCCUGGAUAUUUCAGCAUAUGUAGAUCAUGAAUUUUUACGAAAAUACGAUCUGAAGUCUAACAAUGCCAUUCUUGCCGAGGACAAGCACAAGCCUUUGUACGAGGAGCUAAUCGAUCUGUACAAUCCUGACUUUAUCGCGGGUGGAUCUGUGCAAAAUACUAUAAGAGUAGCGCAAUGGUUUCUGCAAAAACCGAAAGUCACCACCUACAUGGGCUGCGUCGGUAGAGACAAGUAUUCCAAGAUCCUGGAGGACAAGGCGACCACGGAUGGCUUGAACGUUCGCUAUCAAUAUACCGAUCAGGAACCAACUGGAACGUGCGCGGUGCUCAUUACCGGGAAGGAACGCUCCCUAUGCGCUAAUUUGGCAGCGGCGAAUUGCUUCUCCCCGUUGCAUAUCGAAAAGCCGGAAAACAAACAUCUGAUAGAGAUCGCGAGAUACAUCUACGUAUCGGGAUUUUUCUUGACAGUCAGUCCCGAAUCCAUACAAACGGUAGCCAGACACGCUUACGAGAACGACAAGAUGUUCAUGAUGAAUCUCAGUGCACCAUUUCUGUGCGAGUUCUUCCAAAAGCCGAUGUUAGCGGCGUUUCCUUACAUCGACGUCUUGUUCGGAAAUGAGACGGAAGCGGACGCGUUUGCAAAGGCAAAUAAUUUUAACGAGACGGACAGGAGACAGAUUGCGCUGAAGAUAUCGGAAAUGGAGAAGAUUAAUGACAAGAGGAAAAGGAUCGUUGUGAUAACGCAGGGCGCUGAAGAGGUGAUUGUAGCCAAAGACGGGACAGUGACGGAAUAUCCCGUCAUAAAACUGCCAGAGGAGAAGGUUGUCGAUACUAAUGCUGCCGGUGAUGCCUUCGUUGGAGGUUUUCUCGCGCAGCUUAUACAAGGCAGAAGCAUAGACACCUGUAUAAAAUGCGGUAUUUGGGCCGCGACGCAGAUCGUACAGAGAUCUGGAUGUACUUACGAGGGAAAACCGAACUUUCAGUCUUGAUCAUCACCAACGUGGUAGCGAUUAUAAGUCGUGUACUUAAUAAAUACCUUAAUGAUCUUUUUUUUAUCCUUAUUUUUUGUAUCGAGCUUUACAUAGCGAGUGCAAUCGCAGCCGGACGCUUAUAAAAGUACUUGUAUUUAUUAAGAUGCAGUAAACAUCUAUUUUACAAAUUUAA